CUCAGACAUCCAAUUAUUUCUCAGCCCAAAACCUUAUCUACCUCGUAAACCUUACCCCACGUUUUAUCAAAAUGACUGUUGCGAAUACUACUAAAGCACUCUUCAUCGACACAGAUAACAAUCCCAAAGUCAUCGAACGACAAGGCCUCCCGAAAUCAAGCAAUGGAGAAUUGCUUAUCAAAGUUCUAUACUCGGGGGUUAAUCCCGCCGACAUCAAGCAUGCAACCUUCCUAGGAAUGAACAAUACAGUUAUUGGCCAUGACUUUAGCGGUCAAGUCCUGGAAACUACAAAGCCCAACUCUGUUUACAAGCCUUGGAGAUGUUGUAGCGGGAUACCCGCCCGCAGGUCUUCACCAGCCCAUUCAUUACGGCGCUCAUCAAGCUUACAUCACAUGCCCGGAAGAUAUGCUGUUCAAGGUCCCCGACAACCUGCCUUUACCCGACGCAGCGAGUUUGACUGUUGUUGCCAUGACGGCCGCUGAUGCUAUAUACAACCUUUUCAAAUUCUCUCUUCCUACGGAGAACGAAAAGCUCGCCUGCAAGGUUCCGUUUCUGCUCUGGGGAGCAACAGGUUCCGUUGGGUACUGCACCCUUCAAUUCGCCAUCGCAAGUGGCGUGUCUCCCAUUUUUGUCACUGCAAAUCCAGCGCAAUUUGAACACCUCCGAUCUCUCGGAGUCGAGCACCUAUUCGACUAUAAGGACGAGAACUUCCACGAGUCUAUCGCCAAAACUCUGCGUGACUUGGGCUUUGAUAAGUUCUUAUACGCAUUUGAUGCAGCAGGGGCUCCCGAUUCAGGCGACCAGGUACUGCGAGCUGCAGCAGACGACACCAUUCUUGCUUCGACGGUCAUACGGGAUAACAAACGCUUCAAGAUGCCAGUUGCCGCGAGCAGAAUUGACUUUGUCAUUCAACCUCCUGGCGCUCCACAUCCCAUUUCUCUUCCCGCGCGACCUGCGGACCAUGCUAGAGCUUGGAAGGCUUUGAACUGGGCUAUUGAGAACUAUGGAAAGAAAUUCCGCUUGCCGCCGGUCCGUGUCGUGGAAAAUACUGCUGAGAAUGCGUUGGAAGAGAUUAAGUGUUUCGUCAAGCCAGGUGGAGGAUUUUCCAAAGUUUCAAUCAAGCAACCACUAGCAUAGUUAUUUACAGCCUUAGAUGCAGUCUUAUGUUAUCUGUUUACUCGAGUUAAUUUAAUUUGUUCAAC